AUGCUUCGAAAACAGCAACUACGCCCUGCCGUGCGACUAACUCGACUUCGGGCAACGCUUCGUCAAAGGCCUUUGCUUGCCGGCAUUGUCAAGACAAUUCACGUUCCAGAUCCAAAUAUCCCACUAUACCUCUGUGAUGGCAGCCCCAACCCAGAAUACGAUGCGUAUCUCUGCACGGUAGCGUCUGUCGUCAUGGUAUGCCUCAACCUGGAGGCUUUGACUGGCUUUGUGCCGUUCUACAAUCAUACUUUUGAUCGUCUAACCCAUGCUCUGUCAACAAGACCCAAAUUGCGCCAGCACGUCUGGGUAAUAGGCGAGAACGAGGAUGUCCAGGCAAGAUGUGAGAAGCAGUUCCCUCCAGGUCUGCUGGACCAUGACCAGAGAUAUCAAUUCGCCCUCCACCACGAACAGUGGAACUUGCUUGAGACUCUUCUGAUAUGCUCACCUGGCAGCCUUGGUGUGAUUGAACACGAUCUGUUUGUUGACGUGCUGCAUUCUUUACCGGCGCUGAAAAAUCUCUGUGUCUCUUCGUUCGACCCUGAUGACUUCCACGACGAAACUUUGCUCUCUCUGCCGCCCCUCACUUCGUUACGUCUUGAAGAAUGUUAUGGUGUUACAGAUGCCGGGUUGACCAAAUGGGCUUCGAGUCCAUGUGCCGUAAAGAUCGACAAGCUUUGCCUUUUGCACCAGAACAUCACGAGUUUGCUUACCUUGUCAAAGGUUAUGGCAAGUUUGGAUCGAUUGACUAAGUUUAGCAUUUUGCAGACAGAUGUCCCACCUUCAUUACCUGUGGAAGCAGGACCGGUUGUCAUUCAACCUAUUCUGGCUUCAAAGUCGCUGAGAUCCCUCCACUGGGACAUUUUGUGUCCUGGGGUGGAGGCCUGUCUCGCUUCGGACAAUCACGGGACGAGUCACUGGUCUAUCAGAAGUCAUCGACAAGAUCUACUUAGCGAUGGUUCAGUGCCGGACGUCCAGCACACAUCCAACACACAACUCGCGCUGUCAAUCAUGCACGGAGGCUUUCCUUCAUUAUGUCGGUUGCGAGCGCCUCGUGAUACUUCGCCUCCUGGCGUCCUCCAAUCGGUUUGUCGGCCAGUGGUCACCGAUGACUUCGUACUUUUGGACAAGUCCAUGGACGCUUUUCGGACGAAAAAGUACCUCGAUCCGAGUUCUCAGCGUGUAGCACGCCUGCGAGCUCAUACUCUAGUCUCAGAGAUGAUGGAAGACAGGGAGUCUGUCUGUGGUCGCAGCGCAGCCGACGAUUCUGCCGGGGAUUCGUCCAAUGAGACUGUAACAUGCACACAGAGGCCAAGCUCCUCGCCUACGUCAAGUGAUUCGUCUACCGAAAGUCUGUGCCAGUGUGAAACCAGCACAAUAGGAAGCAACGAGAGUCUUUGCAAAUGUGUUGUUGACGCGAGUUCAAGUUCGGAUCCAGCCAGGUCUGCACCGGUACCAUCUCGAAGUGCCCAGGGUCCGGGACCUGUUCCGAUCAGACAGCUAAACGACGUGUCCGCGACAGAUCCAGCUGAUGCUGAUCGCUGGCCACGAUGCCAUCACACAAUAUCAACGCUGUCCUUUCCAAUGACCAGCACGCCCAUGAGCGAAUGGAAUCGUCCAAUCUUCGAUCUCUCACCUGAUGUCCCCGGAUACGACGAAAACGGCGGGUUAGUCGGCUGGGGCGACCUUCUCAGAAUCAGUGAGAAGGCAAGAGCAGCCACGGGCAUGGACGCCGAAUCCGACAAGCCUGCGAACGAACAACAAGGACAGGACAUGUGCACAGGUCAAUGGAACCGGCAGUUCGACUUAGACAAUGGAAGCAGGGAGCUUGUGGGAACGAACUUCAACCACAUGCUGAGCCUGUCGUCGACAUCACUGGCCAGCAUGCAGUCAGCACCCGGGAGAAAGGCGAAAUCGAAGUGGAAAUCCACCUCUAGACUGUCAUUGCCGCUUGGAAGGAAAGAGCCUCUGCCAGUCAAAGUCAAGUUUGGAGUGCAGGAUAGGUCGAGGCAUGUCGCAACGCCGAGAGGGGAUCGGGGUGGCUGUAUUGCCGUCGAGGAUUUCUUUUGA